AUGAACGAGAACAGGAUAGAAAAGAACUUGAUACAUUGUUCCGGCGGUACACCGGGGAUGUAUGGUUUCGAAGAUCUUGGCAUACCUCGAUGGGGCUUUCAGUUCGGGGUCAUGGUGCCUUCCAGCGACUAUGGUACUGGUAUAUUCAAGCAUAUCAUGAGCUUUGGCAACCGACUGCCCAACACUCGAAUCGCCUUCUUCAGAAAUACUGGCAACUCCUUUGCCGACUACACCUGCCAAGAGUCCAUCCGAAUCGCCAAAGACCUCGGCAUGGAAGUGGAUCCCAAUGAGAUCUUCGAAUAUAGUGGCACUAGCUAUGAGACUGUGAUGCCUGCUGGCGUUGCAGCGUUGAAGGAGUCUGAGACAACGAUUGUCAUGGGCUGUACGUGGCUCCAGGAUGGCCUUGCGUUGCAGCAGGCGAUCGUUCAAGAACGUUUGGACCUCCUCGCAACCAUCAUCCUGAUCGCGCCCACUACUGGAGCCUGGGCUGCAGCCUUCCCCAGAGAUGUCUAUGGACAUUCUGAUGGGGACUAUGUCCUUGCUCCCUCACAAUGGCACCACACACAGCGCUUCAACGACUUUUCUUCGGUUGGAAACACGCAGACCUUCUGGGCCGAAUUCAAAGCGGCCACGGGCUCUGAUCCGGACUACUUGCUGGCUUCAUGCACAACAGCUGGCAUUAUCAUUGAGCGAGGUGUGAACAAGGCGAGAGGAUUUUCUGUAUUUUAG